UGUAGAAAAGGAAAACAGCGAAAUCUUUCAUUCUGGCACUGGUUGGAAAACCAUGAAUAUUUCAGGUUAGACGGAUUUCGAUACGUUCUAUAAAGUCGCUAGGUAAAGGUGUAUUUAGCGUCAGUUGACACAGAAGCCAGACAUUUAUUCGUACUGAAGCAGGUAAUAAUAUAAAGUGGUUCUCGUGGAGAACGCGACAACAAUAAGAAUUCAAGUCGAGGUAUCAGCUACAGAAAUGCUUUGACGACGCAACAAUGACGAUAAUGAGCGGCUAGUGUUGCUGAAACCGGGUCUUGCUUCUACAGCACGAUUCAAAUCAUCCUUAACGUCUUGUAAUAUAAGAUAAAAAGUUUUACUCCGGUGAAAAUGUAUCUUCUGGAUUGUAACGCCGUGUACUUAUAGGAAGAUAACGUUUCGUAUAAACAUCUUCAGCCUUGAAGAUGGAGCCAGUACGUUCUUCCGAACCAUUGGCAUUUACCUAUAUAUUCACAGGUGUUACAACACAGAAGUCAAAAUUCCUUUUUCCAUUAUCGUGUAGCUCUCUUAAAGCAAUUAGAAUCGCGAGAAAUCAUUGGCCGAGCCUGGAAGGUUGUCAUGAACUGUUUUUGGUCUUCCGUCAGGAGAUGACGGAACGCACGCCCCUGCGUGCCUCAUCGGCGCCACACUACGACCCGCAGUACGUGUUCAACGCCGGUCAACUGUACAAGAACAAAGUGCGUCACUUCCAAUGCUGUGUCUGCGCAAUGGUGCUGGCCUGCUUUGUGGUUGUGAUUAUUGGCACUGUGGCCUACUCUGUCGACAAUGACACAGAUGAUGCUGUUAACAGCAGCACGCCGGACAAGCCAGCAGAUGACGUACUCGUAUCGCUUCUCACUCUCCAUUACCCACUGUCGGAACAAAACGGGACUUGCUGGUACGGUCAGACCCUCUCUGCAGCUCAGCUACAAGAAGCCCUGGACACUGGCCUCCAGGAUCGUGACAAAUCACAAGUAGCCACAGCCCACCUGGAUAGAAACUCUCCUUCCUACCGUCACCAGAUGGCAGUGAGAACUGGUCCGGAAGCCACGAGACUUGCUCGGGCGGGUUACACGCUGAAUCUGGCUAUGAGACACCUGGCGGCGAGAGGUCUGUGGAGACCAAGAGGGAGCAGAGAUCCUGUGGGGCAAGGCCCCAUGGUAGAGGCUGACUGGAUGCCUCCAGAAGCAUGUGCUGAUACAGCAUCCACUCCGUGUCCAUCGACUCCAUUCCGCUCAGCAGACGGGUCCUGUAACAACCACCUGCAUCCAUUCAAGUGGGGCAUUGCCAUGCGUCCAUUCCGGAGGAGUCUGUCUCCUGACUACGCAGAUGGGGUGAUGGCACCAAGACAGGCAACUGACGGCGGCGCUCUGCCAUCGGCCAGAGACGUCAGCAUCAUGAUGCGUCGACCAAGGUACAAGGACGACCCCAAGUUCACGGUGAUGCUGGCUGUUUGGGGGCAAUUCAUCGACCAUGACAUCACAGCUACUGCGCUAAGCACAGAUACGGAUGGUAAUGCCAUCUUGUGUUGCGGGGUUACACCGCAACACCCAGAAUGCUUCCCUGUUCGGGUGUCCGCUGCCGACCCAUACUAUCAUCAGUUCAACCUCAGCUGCAUGGAGUUUGUGCGUUCAGCUCCUGCUCCCACCUGCAGUCUCGGUCCUCGAGAACAGCUGAACCAGGUGAGCGCAUUCCUGGACGGCUCUGUGGUGUAUGGACCGAGCCUCAGUCUGACCUCACAGCUGCGCAGUAAGAGUGGUGGACGAUUGCGCAUGUCUGUAACGCCUGAUGGACGAACUCUGCUUCCCCACUCAACAGAUCCAUCUGACGGUUGUAAUCAGAAACAGGAGAUGGCCCAAGGCAGAUACUGCUUCAUUUCAGGGGACGCACGAGCCAAUGAAAACUUGCACCUGACAACAAUGCACCUGUUGUGGGCCCGCCAGCACAAUCUGGUAGCAGACUGGCUAAAUGAGCUCAAUCCGUCCUGGGAUGACGAACGCGUGUUUCAAGAGGCCCGACGCAUCGUUGUGGCACAGUUGCAGCACAUCACAUAUUCAGAGUUCCUCCCAAUACUCCUAGGAGGUCAACUCAUGUCCCGCCUGGAUUUGCAUCCACAACCCUCUGGUUAUUUUCACGGUUACAACAAAUCGGUGGAUGCUUCCAUCGCGAACAGCUUUGCAGCAGCCGCAUUCAGGUUUGGGCACACGCUGCUGCCGGGUCUCGUAAAGAUGUUGGUGAACGGCACGGAGGAAUAUGUGGAGCUGCACCGCAUGUUGUUCAACCCGUACAGCUUGUACACACCUGGUCUCCUGGAUGGCGUGAUUACAGGAACCUUGAACACCCAAGUCAAGACUGUCGUCAGCAAAGAGCUGACUGAGCACCUGUUUGAGCAAGAAACACCCUCUGCUGCUCCCCAUGGGGCACCAUGUGGACUCGAUCUAGUGUCCCUGAAUAUACAGAGGGGCAGGGACCAUGGGCUGCCAACAUACACUGCCUGGAGAGAGCGCUGCGGUCUCUCACGUCCGCAAACUUUCAGCGACAUGCAAGGCUUUAUGGACAGCGACUCUCUGAUGAAGCUGAAUGAAUUAUACAGAUCUGUGAGUGACAUUGACCUGUACAUAGGGGGAAUGGCUGAAAAACCCCUGGAGGGGGGUUUCUUGGGUCCCACCAUCACGUGUCUGGUGACGGACCAGUUCGUCAGACUCAAAAAGGGUGACAGGUUCUGGUAUGAGACACCUGAAACACCACAGGCCUUUACACCAGGACAACUGGACGAGCUGCGCAAAACUUCCCUUGCCCGGAUCAUAUGCGACAACGCCGACUCCCUGCCGAAUUCCCAGCCUUUCGUCAUGCGUACUGUCGGCCCUGGCAACAAGCGCGUGCCGUGCGGCUCCAUCCCUGGGCCGGACUUAUCCUCGUGGCGAGACGACGGCCAGCCGGCCACAAGAGCGAACGCGCCGUCAACACGUCUGGAGGCCCACAUCACAUCAGGCCACGUGCAUUCUGACACAGGAUCUGUCCUGUGGGAUGGACAUACCCCACUGCCACUGCCUGCUCGAUCCAGUUUCAGGUGCCUCUGGUCUGGCACUGUAAGAGCCGACUCUCUUCAUGGCAUUUUCUCACUGCAGCAUGGACCCCAGCAGUGGAUGAACGGACAGUUCUUCUUCCAGAUAUUCUUGGAUUGGUUUCAGUCAGGACCCUGGGAAAUUUCAGGCACAUUCAUGUCACCAAUCUACUUCAAGGAAGUGGGCCAGUUCAGAGUACCAGCAUCUCACCCACCAUCUGUUGAGCUUUCUGGGAACUUCUCAUUAAAUCCAAGUGUUCAAACCACAUCAAAGCCAGUAGUAAUGCCUGUUGUCCUUGAAGGAGCAUAUUCCGGUGAUAGAACGGUGUUCUGGUGGUCUGGGAGCAUUAUAUUAACACUCCCCAGUUCGUCUCAGUAUCGGGUCGAGACGAACGGAAAAUUUUCUCAGGAAAGUGAGACAGAUAACACAAGCUCUACAGUUGAAAAUUCAGAAAGAGUUUGGAAUUAAAAAGGAACUGCAUUAGCAAAGUGACCACACUGAGGGGCACACACAGACACCGUGACGUGGAAUGCUGGCAGUGACCGAGGUGAAGCAGACACGUGAAGGGCAGUUUCAAUGAACAAAUCUAAUUUUCAGUCUGUGCCCAUUUCAAUGACACAAAACAUGACAAUUCAGCAUCGUAGUCUGAGACCGAACCACAAAGCAUCUCAAUUUAAACACCAUAAUUGAAGCUCAGUUCACUACGUACACAGUAUGGUGCAAGCCUACAAACCAUCAAGCCCCAUCAGACUGCGUAGCACAUCUUGAAAUUUCAACUCUUUACUCAGCGACAUGGUUAAUAAAUUCUACGUCUGAAUGCAGACCAGACUAUCAAAGCCACCUGCCAAAUUUUAAUGCCCAAAAUACAAAUCUAAGCUACUUUCUUAUUAAGUAGUACAAUGAGUUGCAUAAAUUACAGUAUUUCCAAGAAAUGUUCUGGUAUGUCCGGUCUAACUUUUAUUCUUUCAACCGGGCAUAAACCAUUAUGAGACGUAAAUGCAGAAAAAUUGUGAUAUGAAUUCACGUUGCAAAGUAUAUCAUGUGUGUGCAAAAAGUAUGAUCAUUUGCUGCAUUUGUAAUUCCUGAACACCCUGACUUUUAAAAAUCUGAAUUAUUAAAUUAAGCACUUACUGCUGGCUCACGGACCAGAUUAAAUGGCCUUACGAGAGAGUCCCGAUAUAAAGAUGACUGAAAUGUUGGAAAUAAAGUAACCAUCUUAAACUAA